AUGAAAUAUGGAGAAGUAAUACCACCAGAAGUUACAUCAAUUGGAUGUCAGUGUUUUGAUUGGUGUAUAGCAUUAACAAGAAUUGAUAUCCCAAGUAGAACUAAAGAAUUAUCUGAUAAUUGUUUUAAUGGAUGUAAAUCAUUAAAAUCAAUAAUUAUUCCAUCAACAAUUAGUACAAUAGGAUUUAAUUGUUUUUAUUGGUGCACAUCAUUAACAUCAAUUAACAAUCAAAACAUACAAUUUAUUAGUAAAGAAAGAAUAUUUGUGAAUGAACCAGUGUUAGUUAGUAUUGAAACACCAAAAACUCUACAAAUAAUCAAUGGAAAGAAUAUUGAAAAGAAAAUUAGUGAUCAUUGUUUUUCUGGAUGUUCAACACUAACAUCUAUAACUAUACCAUCAUCAAUUAAUGAAAUAGAAGAUGGGUGUUUUUCUAGAUGUUAUUCAUUAAAAUCAAUUAACAUACCAUCAUCUGUUAGUGAACUUGGAGAAUAUUGUUUUGAUAGAUGUUUAUCAUUAACAUCUAUCAUUAUACCAACAUCUAUUAGUAAAAUAGGAUAUAAAUGUUUUAGUGGAUGUUCAUUGUUAACAUCAAUUAAUAUACCAUCAUCAAUUACAGCAUUUGGAACAGCAUGUUUUUAUGAAUGUGGGUGUGAAGAAAUGUUAAAACAGAAUAAAACAAUACCAGAAAAUUGCUUUCAGCCAUAUUGA